CUUCAGUUGUUGCUCAGCACACACGGGCAUGACAUCGCCUAAGUCAGGAAUAUACUAGAACUUCAUCUGGACUAUAUUACCACAAAGUCACAAGUCCAAGAACGUUACGUGUUAGCAAAAGGGCAUUGCGUUGCCCACCCGGAGUCUAAACAUGACUCUGCCAGUGUUAUCUGUGGUUGGGACCGUCCUGCUGCUGGCGGCAUGGACCUCGGCCCAAAUUCAGCCCUGUGAUCCCCUGAACUCCAGCGGCGGGUCAGAGUUUCAAACGUUGUUUGUGUCCGUAGAGGAAGCAAGUGCUUUGGCUUUAACCCAAGCCCAACAGAGUGGUUCAAUGGAUAAAUAUCGAGGGAGAAUAGAAAUUAGCGGAAGGAUAAAUGAUAACAUACAGCUGACUCUGCAAGACCAGAACGGAAGGGUUGGCUGUCUAGACAAAUUCAGUAUUGUUACUGGUAGUACUCCGGACGUUUUCUACCUCCAGCUUAAGGCAGGCGUGGAUCGCGAUGGUGCUACUGCAUCAACAUUAGACGACUUGGUUGCAUAUUACUGUACCAUUCAGUGCAACACAGCUGGCAGAAACACUAUCUUCCUACCUGUGACGAUUACAAUUAAAGAUAUCAACGACAAUCCGCCUGCUUUUGUUGAUGCUCCCUACUCCAGAACGGUUAAUGAGCUGACCCCAAUUGGGACAACCGUGUUCAGAAGGAUCUCUGCCACAGACAAGGAUGGCGAAGGAAACAAAGAAGUGGACUUUACCUUUACCUCUAGUGUUGGAACACCAGGGGCGGACAAGUUUGCCAUCGAUUUGCCAAGGCAGGGAUUUGUUACUGUUAGUGCUACUCUGGACUUUGAGACACUCUACUAUCAGUACCAGACCGAUACGUAUAACCUGACCAUAAUGGGCAAGGACACGGGGACACCGUCUCUGUCGGCUACCACACAACUUGUGAUCACCCUAGAGGAUGGCGAUGAUCUGGGUCCUAUGUUUGUCUACACUGACUGUAUCACCCACAUCGGUCUCUAUCCUAUAUGCAUAGAACCAGAGCUCACAGCCAACGUUAUUUCCAACACAGUGCCUGCGGGUGGAAUUGUCCAAACUUACCCAUUAACUGGUAGGGUCACCGAUCAACCAGUUGCCAUCCGGGCCAGAGACCAAGAUACCCUGAAUGCAGCGAUUGCCUUUUCCCUUGAAAGCACGGACUUUUCCACCUACUUUUCCUUGUCAACACCAACAAAGGACUCUGUAGGCGGUGUAGAUUUUUAUGAAGUAAACCUGAUUCAACAACAAGCAAUUGACCGAACGAUAACAAAGGAAUUCUUUCUGAUUAUUAGGGCAGAAGAACAGACGACAAACCGCCGUUUUGCCACCACGAGAAUAAGCGUUACUGUGAGUCCAUCCAACCGUUUUGCACCCACGCUGAGCACCAACACUAUUGCAUUUACGGGCUAUGUGCAGGAGAAUGCCCAAGUUGGGACGAUGGUCACUAAUCAAGCCAGAGAUCAAGUGCUCAAACUGACUGUCCUGGAUCAAGAUGUGACUGCGGGAGAUUCUCCGGGCACAUAUGACCUCUCAAUUGUCGGUCCCUCCCCAUUCGCCGUGUCAUCCGAUGGAUUUGUAAGCGUGGCCAGCAGUGUUCUGGAUUAUGAAACCACCCGGCAGUACACACCUGUGGUUAUGGUGCGCGAGACGGACACGACUGAUCGGCUUAGCUCUUCAGUGACUCUCACCAUUAAUGUGCUAGAUAUGAACGAUUAUGCGCCAGUCUUUCCACAGGGAGGCUACAGUAGUAGCAUUCCGGCCCGGGACUACAGCACUGCUGGAAGCCGUCAAGUCACGACAGUUCUGGCUACAGACUCGGACUCGGGGCUUAAUGGUCAGAUCACCUAUUCCAUCACCUCUGUCACUAAUGGUGGAGCAGGGAAAUUCGCCAUCAGUGAUAUCCCCAACAAUAAUGGAGCUACAGUCAACGUCAUUGGCUCGGUCACUAGGGGUGAACAGUAUGCACUUACCAUUAGAGCUACAGACAAGGCUACUGUUGGAAAGCUGAGUGGAGAGACUGUGCUUGUGGUUGAUGUGGUUGCUGAUGGAAACACUCCUCCUCAGAUAGGUGCCAGUCGGUAUGAUGUCUUUGUCAGCGAAGGUGUCCCUGUUGACUCUCGGAUAUUCAGUAUUCCGGCCACUGAUGAAGAUGGAAACUCUCUCAGCUAUCUUAUAAGCAGUGGCAAUUUGGCGGGAGACUUUGCCAUUAGCGCUAGUGGAGAAAUAACCAACAUCGAUACUUUGGACCGUGAAACGAUUGCAUCCUACUCUCUUGUCGUGCUUGUCCGGGAUAAUGCCUCACCACAAGGGUCUGCAUCGACUACUGUGAGCAUAUUUGUGACCGACAUUAACGACAACAGCCCCAGGUUUAGCCCAUCAACAUACAGGUUCUCUGUACAGGAAGGACUGGCCGAUGUUCUCGUGGGAACAGUUACAGCGACUGAUGCUGAUCAGCAGAACACCGAUCGUUCAGCCAUAACCUACCCGCCCCUGGCAUCAUCAAAGUUUCGCAUCGAAUCCGACACUGGCAAUAUUUUACACCGUGUUGGUCUGGACUAUGAGACCGAGCGUACACACAUCCUGACGGUGGUCGCCAGUGACUUGGCCUCAGACGUGCGCUCUUCAACCGUCUCCGUGACGAUCAGUGUUGUGGAUGUGGCAGACUAUGUUCCUAGAUUUGUGCCCGUUGUCUACCAGGCGGUUGUGCCGGAGAACCAAGCAAAUCUUUUUUGUUACUAUGGUGGUCUGCUGUUGAUCAGGACACCCAGAAAAGUGUGGGAGUACAAGUUCUUGACUGGAGAUCAUCGUUUCUUCAGUCUUCAGUCUGAUGGGACAAUUCGUACAGCGCAAGCACUUGACUACGAGACCAUUAAUGACCAAACGACUUUUCCACCUGUGAUUGGUUCCAUACCUGGUGGGAUAAUUCGUCUGGAGUCGGCACCCGUUGGUAAUGAACUUGUUCAGGUGACAGCCACAGAUGGUGACCCCACCGGUAAGCUCCCGUUCUUCUGCGACCACCCACCCACCCACAUGCAAUUCAUCUUGAACACGGACAACAGCAGGAUUCGGUACAGCAUUGUCAGUGUCAACCCAGUUAGUGGAGGCGACCUGUUCUAUAUUGGCCCCGAGUCUGGUCGGCUGGUCAUCCGCUCUCCACUGACUAGUGAUGCCAACAGACCGUCCCAGUAUCAGAUCAGCAUUCAGGCUGAAGACUUGGGUACCCCGCCACUAACGGGCAACUCGGUGGUAACUCUUGUGGUCCAGAGAAACCGAUACGCCCCAGUUUUCUCGCCAUCAAGCUUCUCAAAAACCAUUCAACACACCUUUCCAGUAGGAAGUGAAGUACUGUCUGUUAAGGCCUAUGACAACGAUACUGUGGUAAGACUGGCCUAUGCCUUCCACAUUAGACACAAUGGAUUUGAUUAUUGA